GCCGUGCCAGGGACUAACCCGCCGCUUCGCUCCUGCCGCAGCCGCGCUAGCGCCCGACGUGCUACCCGAGAACCAGCCAGCCAGCCAGCAGGGCUGCCUGGUUUUACUGGCCCCUCCUUUCCCGCCGUCUCUUCCUUUCCCUCCCCUGCCCGUUGGCGGCUCCGGGGCACUGACCCUCGCCGUCCUUUUUCUCCUCUUCCUCCUGGGUUGCUCCUCGGCGGCUCCCAUGGCGGCCCCGGGUAAUAUCGUGUCCGUUAUGGCGAGUAAGACCAAGACCAAGAAGAAGCAUUUCGUGGCCCAGAAAGUCAAGCUCUUCCGGGCCAGCGAUCCGCUGCUUAGCGUCCUCAUGUGGGGAGUGAACCAUUCGAUCAAUGAACUGAGCCAUGUUCAAAUCCCUAUUAUGCUGAUGCCAGAUGACUUCAAAGCAUAUUCAAAGAUAAAAGUGGACAACCACCUUUUCAAUAAAGAAAACAUGCCAAGCCAUUUCAAAUUCAAAGAAUAUUGUCCAAUGGUUUUUCGUAAUUUGCGAGAGAGGUUUGGAAUUGAUGAUCAGGACUUUCAGAAUUCUCUGACAAGAAGUUGUCCACUUGCUAAUGAUUCUCCUGCUCGGAGUGGUGCCCGAUUCCACAGCUCUUAUGACAAAAGAUAUGUCAUCAAAACUAUAACAAGUGAAGAUGUAGCAGAAAUGCACAAUAUACUGAAGAAAUACCACCAGUAUAUAGUGGAAUGUCAUGGAAACACACUACUUCCACAGUUUUUGGGCAUGUACCGGCUUACUGUUGAUGGAAUUGAAGUGUACAUGAUUGUUACAAGAAAUGUAUUCAGCCACCGUUUAUCUGUUUAUAGAAAAUACGAUUUAAAGGGCUCAACAGUAGCAAGAGAAGCUAGUGACAAAGAAAAGGCCAAAGAACUGCCAACAUUUAAAGACAAUGACUUCAUUAAUGAUGGUCAAAAAAUUUACAUUAAUGAAGCCAACAAAAAGAUGUUCCUUGAAAAGCUGAAAAAAGAUGUUGAGUUCCUUGCUCAAUUAAAACUCAUGGAUUACAGCUUGCUGGUUGGAAUUCAUGAUGUUGAACGAGCCGAGCAAGAGGAAGUAGAAUGUGAAGAGAAUGAGGAAGAGGAAGGAGAAAGUGAUGGGACUCACCCAGUUGGAACACCUCCAGAUAGCCCAGGAAAUACACUGAACAGUUUGCAGCCUUUAGCCCCAGGAGAAUUUGAUCCAACCAUUGAUGUUUAUGGUAUAAAAUGCCAUGAAAAUGCAGCUAGAAAAGAGGUAUACUUCAUGGCUAUUAUUGACAUUCUUACUCAUUACGAUGCCAAAAAGAAAGCUGCCCAUGCUGCAAAAACUGUGAAACAUGGGGCUGGUGCAGAGAUUUCAACAGUUAAUCCUGAACAGUAUUCAAAACGAUUCUUGGACUUUAUUGCCAACAUCUUAACGUAACCUAAAUGCUCUUUUGGACAGUAUAAAGUCUGGAAGAAGCAGCAAAUUGCUACAAGUGUGUAAGGGGUCUUUAAGAAAGCUUCUUUUAAAAGGAACUCGUUCUCUCUUGCAAAAGGCAGCCCGUACCCCGCCCUACCCAUUUACAUCUGCUGGCAAAGAUGACUUAUUGGGGUGAAAUAUUUGCUUUUACAGCUGCCUGAUUAUGCCCAGCAUAGUUUUAGCUAUUUCUGACGUGUGUGUGUGUGUGUGUGUGUGUGUGAGAUUGUAUGUGUGUGUGAGUGUGCAAAAAUGGAUAUAAAUUAACUAAUAAUAACUAAAAUAGAUAGCUCCUACUCAAUGUGCAUUGCAACAUCUCUCUUUGGAUAUUAGCUGAAAUGGGAUGAAUGGGGAAAAAGGAUAUUGUGGAAAGGGAAGGAAAAUCUAUGUGCAUGUUGGGACCUACAAUAUUGGAAUCAGAACUGUAAACUGUGGAUCAGUUUAAAAUUUGAACUGAAAGAUGCAAGAUAAUAUUGGUGGUAAUUAUGACUCUUAUUGUGAAUGUUACACUUAACAAACCUGCAUGUUUGCACUCCUUAAGAAUAACCCCCAUUUGCUGGAAGCUUUUCCUCUUGGCAGUUUUUUUUAACCUAUAUUACUAAGUAAGCCCAUUGAGACAGGAAAGAGUCUUCCAGCAACACAGAAGUUUGGCUCUUGUUUUAUUAAAUUCUGAUGCCAUAAUAAUUCUGUGUACUUGCCAAGGGAAGACUCAUUUUGAGGAUCAGGGUAGGCGAAAUAUAGACUGUUUAAUUGUCUUGUAACAUGGAGAUUUUGCAUUGUAUGUUUAUCAUAUAGAAACUGAGUAUAGUAUAAAGAAAAUCAAAUAGCUUUUUAGAAAAAAUGUUAGGGAUAAUAAUGGCAUUUUUCCCACAUGAACAAAGGUGUAGAAAGGUUUGCUCAUCUGUAAGAGAUCAAAAGAAGACAUCAAAUGCUUACAUGUGCUGUUUUUAAAAUAUUUUAUUAAAAUAUUCUUUUCUAAGCCCUAUAUUUUAUUGUUUACAUUGAAAGGAAAACAGGGAUGCUCUUGAGUUGGUUAGAGAAUCUGAAGUUUACAUGUAAAGUUACUUUGCAGUACAGAUAAAGUAAUUUCUUGAACUGUAACAUGCAGUAAUGUAUCAGAGCAGAUAUUUUAUUCACCCUUGUGAUAGAAUCUUUUUUUUAAGUGCUAUUUUAAUUAUAUUAAUUUAGCUUUCUCUCUCUCUCUCUCUCUCUCUCUCUAUCUAUCUAUCUAUCUAAAUUAUAUUGUUUAAAUGAUUGCCUAAAACUCUGCUAUUCCCUACAAUCUGCUUGUUUUAUUUUUGGAGGUUUUGAAAAGGACAGAAUUAGAGAAGUUCAAAUUAUAUUCUGUAUGUAUGCAAUGUGCAAAAACAAUGUGCCUUUUAAAAUUCUUUGUUUAAGUAGACAUUCAUAGGCAAUUUUUAAGAAGAAAUCACACCCUGCAAUUUAUAAUUUUAUUCCUGGAGUGCCGGAUUGCCUUCUCUAUUAAUAUAAUGACAGUACAGCUACAAAUUCAAGACAUAUUAUGUUAACUAGAAAAAUUCUGAUAAAAUAAUAACUGGUCUUGCAAGUCUUAUGUGGUCAAGAGCAAUAUCAUCUCUAUUAAAAGCUGUGGGUUAUUUUUUAGAAAGGUUUUAUUACCUUUUUAAAAUAUCUCUCAAUAGGUUUUCUUUUUUUUCCAUAAUAAUGCUUAAAAAUUAAUAAAAUAACUUUUAAAAUAACUAAUCCUAUUCUUCCUCCUGAUGCCUCAUAUUUAGUCCAGAAAAGAGUUGAGGACAUUUCAAAGCUAGAUAUGUGUUUGUGUGUUCAUGCAAAAGCAAAUUACGCAGGCUUUUAAGACCAAUUCCAAUGGGAAUUUUAUUAAUUGAGCUAAUUAGAACUGAGGGGAACCUAGUAUUAAUAUACAUAAUAUAUAUAUGCUAAAGGCAUUGAAUUAUCUUGUUAGAAUCUGUAAAGACACUGGAAGAGAUCCCUGGCUGAUCCUGUGGAGAUCACUGGGACCGGCCAGUGUAGAUAACAUUCAACUACUCUAGGAUACAUGGUAUAUUUAGGCAAAAAAGAAUUUUUUUCCUUUAAAAUACCAACAAAAAUGCUGCUGUCUCAUUUCACUGCUCGGGUACUUCGCAACAAGCCAUAUAAACUAUCAGUUACUGCAUGAGAAAAGAGGCAUUGUUUAUAUUUGCUCCACACAGCCUGUGUUGUUCUUUUCCUUUUAUAUAGUUAUAAAUGUCUACAAUUGGUUGGUUUUUGUUGCCUAACGCUGUUGCUAAUUUCAUAUUUUAAUAUAUGUCAGCUGUGGCACAUCUGAAUAGUAUAUGCCUUUCCUUAACAAUUUUAAUUUUAUUUGGUGUUUCAGAAUAUAAGUGCUGUUUUAGGUUUUAAUAAUCUAUUCAUGAACAUGAUACUCAAAAUCGUGUCCUUUGGUUUUAGAUAACAUGGCAAAAGUUUUGAGUUAGGGUAAAAUGAAUAGUGGUUAAUAAUUGAUUUGAAGGGAUAGAGGACGCAUAUAUAUUAUUCCUAAAUAUCACACCUAUUUUAGAAACUCCUUUGAACAUAUUGCUUGGGCUCCAGUUUGUUUUUAUAACAUUCAUGCCUUUAAACUUUUUAUUCUUUAUAAAUGAACUCCAAAUUUCCACAGGGAAGAUAUUGUUUAGUGUUUUAUAGACCAACUAUGUCCCAGUUGAUACAUGGCCACUAAAUGAAGUGGUACCUCUAUUCUUAUAUGAAGUUCUACUGGUUCAAUUGGAUAUGUAAUGUAAUUGGAUGGACAGUCACCAUAAAUGCUACUACCAUGGGUGACUUUUCAGGAUUAUUAAUAAAUGUAACUAAUUUUAUUGCAUUACAGAUUGUAUUUUCUCACUUAUGUUAUUCUAUGUCAGAGGUCUCCAAACUUGGUGACUUAAAGACUUGUGGACUUGAAUUCCACAAGUCUUUAAGGUUGCCAAGUUUGGGGAUCCCUGUUCUAUACAAUCCUAGGCUCUUCAAAUAAGGCUCCCUGACAUUAUGGGCAUAUAUGCUGCUUUGAGCUUCAGUACAGAUUAAAGUGAUAGAUGUAGUUCUCUAAAUGACAAAUGCUCCCAGUACUAGUUCCUUUUUGCAUUUCCUCUUAAAUUAAUAUACGAAAAUAAGAUCUGCACAUUUCCUUAAGGCCAAUAUGCAAAAAGUGGAGCCAAAGGUAUUGGAUCUUUUUAUUUUAUUGCAUUUUUUGUCUAAUUUUGCAAUUUCAAGGGUAAUCUGCAGGGUUUAAGAUAUCCAUUUCAUCCUUUAAAAAUUCUGAAUGCCCAUCUGGAUUUCAACUCCACACACAUUACUAGUCUAUCUCCUAACAUGGCACAUAAAGUGUGAUGCAGUUCUUGGGGAACAUGCAUGUUCAUAUUUCCAAAUGUUACCUUCAUUUUGUUUCUUUUCUGUAUGACAAACACGGUAUGUCUUUCAGUUUUCAUCCCCACCCCCACCUUGAUUAUUUUUCUGCUAUAUUUUUUUAAAGGCAGGAUAGGUUUUGUGAGAGCAUCAUUCCCCUAAAAGAAGAGUGUUCAUUCUGCUUCAUUUGUAAUAGUCAUCAUUUCUCCAGGCUAUUUCUACCUGACUGGUUAAUUAUUAUACUUAUCCCCAGUUCUGUAGUUGGAUGUCUCCUUUUAUCAAUAAGAUAAAACAAUGUUCUUCAUAAGUAGCAAAACUUUUUAAAAAGGUUUAAAUAUGUAAAUAAUCUACAAAUAUGGAUAUUGCUCCUCUUUGAAUGCAUGGCAUUCUCAAUAGUUCCUAUUGUUUCUUGGGAGCUUAUAUUUUAACUUUGCCACAACCUCUCUCUCUUUUAAACAUUUGGGUAUAUUGAUGUAUUAUAUUGCUUUGUCAUUUUAUAACCAGGGCACUUAACCCUAAUUUCUAAUUUCUUCCAAGUUUCAGUUGUUUUUCACUCUGACUGCCAUCUGUAAUGGAAUUCUUAUCUUCUGUCCUAUUGUUAUCACAAAGAAAGGUAGCCUUUUUUUCCUUUUGCACUGCUCAGUUUGGUUAACCUAUUCCAGGAAUUCUAUUGUCCUUGAUUGAGCUCCAUUUUCCUAAUAAUUUAUUGCAGAUGUCCAGGUGUGAUUGAACCAAUUAAUGGUUUAAUACUAUGGAUCAUCCAUCAGGUAAAUUCCAAAAUGGUUAAACCAUUGCUUUGCUAAUUGAAUACUGUUUCAUUUAAUUUUCAACCCAGUUUCUUGUUUAAUGAAGUCUCCAUCCUCAGAAUAUCAUAUGGAAUGUCAGAAGACUUAGUCUGAAAAUGUCAUGGUUGCAAAUUGCAAUAGCACUGCUUUGGCGAUACUAUUAACUAGACACUCCCAAAAUAACUCAGUGUGCAAAGUGCCUAUUACUAUUGAUAGUUUUUCUAUUCUCACCUUUAUUCUCCUGUCCCAGUUUCUUCAUCAAACUUCAUCAUUCAUGACUGCAGAUUCCCAUUUAAUAUUUCAAUUUUUUCCUAAAAUUCCCAGUGUUUAUUUAGUUUUGAAUAAGUUCAAGUUCAAAUAAGUUCAAUAAGUUUUGAUGUUCUUUAAACAAUAAUUACCUGUAAAUAGAAUGGACAAUAUGUCCUCCAUAAUUUAGAAAUCAUUAGCAAAAGUACUUUGGAGAAUGAAAGUAGCAUCAUUUUGUAUCUACCAUUGGAUCCCAGGAAAAUGCAUGGCUGUUUUAAAGAGCUGCUCACAGGGAGUAUGUUUGUGCAACAGCAUGGUUAGAAUAAUUUCUUUGGAUCUAAGCAGACUCCAGAUAAAUAGCUUUAAUAUUCCCUUUGUUUGAUUGCAAAAACUUGGUUUAUGUGUUAUACCAAACAAAAUGUGAUUGUUUGACUUUAUGAACCCACUUGAUGUUUGUAAAGCAUAUUUUAUGACUUAAUAUUUGGGUGGAUUCAACCAAUAAAUUACCCCAUCCAAUAGUGGCCACUGUAGUUCUAAUCUUGGAACUGACACUGGCAAUAUCCAUCCAAAUUUAAGUGCAACCUUCAAUUAUGUUAGAGAUGUAUAAUGAGUCAAUAAAUUGCAAGCUUUCCUAUUCUGAAUACAAUAUGGAAAAAUAUGAGUGUGUUUAAUUCAAGCUUCUGCAUUCUGAUUUAUUGAGAGCCGUGUCUAUCCAUGAUAGAGCAACCAAUUCCAUUUGUAAUGGUGUCUGCUAUUUAUUUCUCUUUGUCUUAUGGGCCCAUUUAUUGUGAAUUAUGUUGGUUUCACAUGUUAGUAUUUACAAAUUGUCACAUGUUGAUUUUAUACAAAAAUGAGCUUUUAGUUUGUUCAAUUAAAGAGAAUAAUUUUUGCUGUUGUAACAUACCUUAUAUAGAAACUUAAGCUAGCAUAUUUUAAUAUAUCAUUACUAUCAAACAGCUCAUUGCAAAUCACACUACCCUUUUAAUAGUUAGAUUCAAGUUACAAAGGUUACUGGAUUUGAAGUUCAUAAUUUCUUGGGACUCUUAACACAGUUCUUUUAAAACAUUUUGUUGAUUAAUACUCAACCAUGUUGGGAAUCCAUAUGUUGAUACAUUUAUUAUAAAUUACAUAAUUGAUAGAAAAUUUUAUUUUACCAGAUAGGUUAUUUAUAAGUGAAUAUAUCACUCUGAUUCGAUUCUGUGUAUUUUUAAGUUUAAUAAACAAUUCUGAAAAGGAAUCUGAAAUUUAAAACUUGAGUAAUAUGCUCUACAGUAGAUCUAAUGAAUGGUAGACCCUAGCAUAGUUUCUUUUAGCAACAGUGAAAAUAUAUGAGCCAGGCUUCCUAUUACUUUUAACAUUUAUUCAAUGUAGCACAAUUAUUAGAAGACAGGAGUGAGAUAUAUUUGGAUAACAGAAUAUGCUAGGAAUGCUACUCUGUACAUUAGGCAUACCUAGGUUUUUCUUAUGAUCCCAGUAUACCUGUUUCAAGAUGUCUCCUUCUAGAAUCGGAUUGGUUCUAAAUUGUACCAUUAUGUUAUCCUCCUGGUGAUGUUAAUAGUACUGUAAUGUAUGUGUAGAACUCUGUAUUUUUCUGUAUUAAGUUGAUAACUGGCUUCAGUUUUUUAUUCCUUCUCUCAUCCAUGGAAAACUCCUGAUCAAUUUUGUAUGAAUGUUAUAUUUCUUACAAUAUACAGUGGCUUCUAAGUUUAAUGAGACUACAAGAAUAUUUCUGGGAGAACAUGUUACAUUAAAGAAUUACAAUUCCAUUAUGGCCAAUUACCAUAUGUGUUUAAUCAAAUAAGUUCAGCACCCUUUUCUGUCUGUAAUUGUCUUUGCCAUUCAUUAUCUGUUAAACUGUUUGGAGAGGUGAGGAAGUUUUACAUUGUAUCACCUAUCUCUAAAAAUACACUCUAGAUAUGAAUAAAGCUUUAUAAAAUAAAGCACUUUUGAUUUGCUAGGAAACUCUGUCUCUCCUUGUGUUUGUAUCCUUCGGACAUUUAUGUAGCAAAUCCACAAUAGC